AUGAGCGUGCUUUUAGAGACCUCCCUGGGCGAUAUUGUAAUUGACCUGUUGGUCGAUGAUGCACCCAAGGCGUGUGACAACUUCUUGAAGCUAUGCAAGCUCAAGUACUACAAUUUCUCACCCAUCCACAGCGUCCAAAAGAAUUUCACCUUCCAGACCGGCGACCCGCUCGGCCCUGAUGCACCUGAAAGUGAUGGUGGAUCGUCAGUUUGGGGUCUGCUGGACGGACCGUCCAAAAGAACCUUUCCUCUCCAGGUGUCGCGCAAGUUGAAACACUUGGAACGCGGCACGGUGAGUAUGGCGACGGUACCGGCUAAGAAUGACCCCGAUCAACGGAUAGCCGCCAGUCAAUUCAUCAUUACACUUGGAGAGAAUCUAGAUUAUUUAGAUGGCAAGGCCGUGAUUUUUGGCAAGGUCGUCGAGGGCUUCGAGGUCCUGGAGAAAAUCAAUGAAUCUUUUAUUGACGACCGAGGUCGACCGCUGAAGGAUAUUCGUAUUCGUCACACCACUGUCCUUGAUGACCCCUUCGAUGACCCGCCGAAUCUGGUUGAACCGCCUGAAAGCCCGGUGCCCUCCAAAGCCCAAUUGGCCACGGUCAGAAUCGCAGACGAUGAGGACUUGGAUGAUGAUAUGGAUGAAGAGGCUAUGGAUAAGCUACGUCGCGAGCGCGAGGCUCGUGCGCAAGCGCUGACAUUGGAAAUGGUGGGAGAUCUGCCAUUCGCCGAUGUCAAGCCGCCAGAGAAUAUUCUUUUUGUUUGCAAGCUCAAUCCGGUCACACAGGAUGAGGAUCUGAAUCUUAUUUUCAGUCGCUUUGGGACGAUCUUGUCUUGUGAGGUCAUUCGGGACAAGCGCACCGGUGACAGUCUACAAUAUGCCUUUAUUGAAUUCGAAGAACAGAAGGACUGUGAACAGGCUUAUUUCAAAAUGCAGGGUGUCUUGAUCGAUGACCACCGAAUACAUGUGGAUUUUUCACAAAGUGUAUCCAAGUUAUCCGAAAGCUGGCGCAAUUCUACCGUUACCAAACGCCGAGAGCGAGGUGGAUUUGGUGGUGUUGCAGAUCUUGAAGCGAAGCGGGCGCUCCGUCAGAUCGGACUCGCGUUCGUCGAGAUCGAGGGAGUCGAAGCCCCCGUCGAGAUGGACGGGAUCGAUACCGCCGUCGAUCCUAUAGCCGGAGCCCACAACGGGAUUCACGAGGAGAUUCACGGAGAGAAAGAGGCCGUUACGAGAACCGUGAACGACGAUAGUAUUCAAAGAUCCCCUAUUCUCCAAACUAAAGACGUGCUCUGA